UGGGAACCUCCUUCCUUUAUCUCACCACUCGCAGGACUGAAUCCAAAUACGCCUCUUGCACUCUCUCCAUUACAUCCUACAGACGUUUCUCUCGUCUGCCCGCUCUUUAACACUCGAAUCACUCGCAUCACCUAGAAAACUUUACGAAGUACUAGUCUUAAACUUACCGAAUCCAAUAUGCCAAAGAACAAGGGAAAGGGUGGAAAGAACCGGAGACGUGGAAAAAACGAGAACGACGACGACAAGCGUGAGCUUGUGUUCCGCGAGGAUGGUCAGGAAUAUGCCCAAGUUAUCAAAAUGCUUGGUAACGGACGUCUUGAAGCCCAAUGCUUCGAUGGCGAGAAGAGAUUAGCGCAUAUUCGAGGAAAGAUGAGGAAAAAGGUCUGGAUCAACCAGGGCGAUAUCAUUCUGCUAUCGCUGCGAGAGUUCCAGGAUGACAAAGCGGAUGUCAUUGUCAAGUACACCGCUGAUGAAGCUCGUUCAUUGAAAGCAUAUGGCGAGCUGCCAGAGAAUGCAAAGAUCAACGAGACGGAGACCUUCGGCGACGAGGAGGGCGAGUGCACGUUCGAGUUCGGAGACGACGAGGAAGUCGAUAUCGACGAGAUCUAAUCGACGGCAAUAAGUCAUCUGUAUCUCUCUAUUCAUGGUUUCGGUAUGCCACAUUGUUUAAGUGUCUUAGUUCCUUUAAUUAACUUCCUUCGUAGAUGUACGGUGUAUCUCUUGCUCGCUGUUGUUUGUUUUCAUAUAGUUCUAUUUCGUCACGAUCAUCAUGUUUUCGACCCCAUUCAAUACACCUGUCCAUCUAGAUGUUUCUCACUUGGAUCAAUGCGAGAUAUGACCAUCCUGUUCGGCCCUACAAACUCAUCUAGCUAAUAAAGCUGCGUGGGCAUUCUUCUCUUCGUGCGCUGAGGCCUCGAGUGCAAUUCGACAUGUAGAGUCAUAUCGCGAGGUGGUGCCGAGCCAGAAUGCGAUCCUGAACGCCGCGUCUUCUUUCCCUCUGUCGGCAGAGUUGAUGAACUUUGCAGUGCGACAAGGUUGAGAUGUCGAAAGUUGUGUGCGGAAUGACCUGAGUUCACAACACGACGCCAUUGGAUGUCUGAAGUCAUGAGUGUUAGAGUUUGUGAAAUAUUAUGUGCAAGAGAGAGGAAACAUACAGCUUUCAGAUG